AUGGAUACAAAAAGCCCAUCUUUCUCUUCUAGCCAUCAGUGGAAAUACCAUGUCUUUCUAAGUUUUAGAGGUGAAGAUACUCGUAAGAGUUUUACAGACCAUUUAUACGCUGCUUUGAAGCAAAAGGGCAUUUUCACAUUCAAGGACGAUGAAAAACUUGAGAGAGGAAAACUCAUUUCACUUGAGCUUUUAAAAGCAAUAGAAGAAUCAAUGUUUGCUAUUGUCAUUCUCUCAAAAAACUAUGCAUCAUCGCCAUGGUGUUUGGAUGAACUUGUAAAAAUUGUGGAAUGCAAAGAAAAGAUGGGGCUUAUAAUUCUACCCAUUUUUUAUGAUGUGAAUCCAUCUGAAGUUCGUAAACAGACAAAAAUUUAUGCACAAGCAUUUGUUGAACACGAAAAACAUUUCAAAGAGAACAUGAAGAAGGUUCACAAGUGGAGAGCUACUUUGAGAGAAGUGGCCAAUCUUUCUGGAUGGUCUUUACAAGACAGGCCUGAGUCAGAAUUUAUCCAGGAUAUUGUGGAAGUGAUAUUGCAAAAAUUAAGUUAUGCAUUCCCAAGAGAUACCAAAGAUUUAGUAGGAAUAGAUUCUAGAGUGGAGGAAUUGAUGUCACUUUUAGCUAUAGGAUCAAACGAUGUUCGCAUUAUAGGUGUUUGGGGGAUGGGGGGGAUUGGUAAGACAACUCUUGCCAAAGUUGUUUAUCAGAUGGUUUUUAAUGAAUUUGAAGGUGGUAGUUUUAUCACUAAUAUUAGGGAAGUAUCUGGAAAAUAUGGUUUGCUUCCUUCACAACAAAAACUUAUUCGUGAAAUUUUGAUGGAGAAAAGCAUCAAUAUACGGGAUGUUGAUGAUGGAGUCCUUAUGAUCAAGAAUAGGUUGUAUCAUAAAAGGAUUCUUCUUGUUCUUGAUGAUGUAAAUCAAUUUGACCAAUUAGAAAAGUUAGCUAGAGAGCAUAAUUGGUUUGGUUCAGGUAGUAGAGUUAUCAUCACAACACAAGAUAAGCAUUUGUUGAUAAGACAUAAUGUAAAUGGAAUAUAUGAGGUUAAAGGAUUGAAUGAUGAUGAUGCUCUUUAUCUUUUUAGUUUGAAAGCUUUUAACAACAGUCAUCCUGCUGAAGAUUAUCUAAAGUUGUCAAAACAAUUUGUAAAUUAUGCUAAUGGUCUUCCUCUAGCAAUUGGAGUUUUGGGUUCUUUUUUGUUCAAUAGAAGUAAGGAGGAAUGGGAUAGUGCAUUAGAUAGACUCAAAGAAUUUCCUGAAAGAAAAAUUAUCAAAGUACUUCAAACAAGUUUUGAUGGACUUCAAGAAACAGAGAAGGAAAUAUUUCUAUAUAUUGCAUGUUUCUUUAAUAUGAAGGAUAAAAACUAUGUGGUAAAAAUACUAGAUUGUCUUGGCCUAUAUCCUUGCAUUGGAUUAAGGAUUCUCAUUGAAAAGUCUCUCUUAAAAGAAUAUGAAAAUAAAUUUUGGAUGCAUGAACUACUACAAAAAAUGGGUCAAGAUAUAGUUCGUCAAGAUUGUCCUCAAGAACCUGGAAAGCAUAGCAAAUUGUGGCUAUAUAAGGACAUUAAUCAUGUGCUGAUGACAAAUACGGGAACAGAAGCAAUUCAAGGCCUAGUCCUAGAGCUUCCUUGGUUGCCUAAAUUUGGUGAAUUCAAAAAGGCACAUUGGAACCUUGAAGUCUUUUCAAAGAUGUCUAAUCUCAAAUUGCUUAUAAUUCAUGGUGUUCACCUAUUACAUGGCCCCAGACAUCUUUCUAAUAGCUUAAGAUUUCUUGAUUGGAGUUUAUAUCCUUCAAAAUCUUUGCCAUCAAGUUUUCAGCCAAAUGAACUUGUUGAACUUCACAUGUGCCAUAGCAAAAUUGAAAGACUUUGGAAAGGAAUAAAGCAUUUUGACAAGUUGAAGUCCAUCGAAUUGAAUGAUUCUUUAAACCUUAUUGCAACCCCUGACUUCACUGGAGUACCCAAUCUAGAGAAAUUGGUUGCUAAAGGUUGUAUAAAUUUACGAGAGGUUCACCCAUCUAUUAUGGCUCAUAAAAAGCUUACUCUUCUUAAUCUUGAAGGCUGCAAAAACCUUAACAGUCUUCCAAGAAAUUUUGAAAUGGAGUGUCUUGAGAAUCUUAUUCUUUCCGAUUGUUCAAAAAUCAAGAGAAUUCCAGAAUUUGCGAGAAAUAUGGAACGCUUAACAAAACUUCACUUAGAUGGCACUACUAUUACGAAAUUUCCCUCUUCAAUUGAACAUUUGACUAACCUUGCUUCAUUGCAUUUAAGAGAUUGUAAAAAUCUUGUAUGUCUUCCUACCAUAAUUUGUAGCUUCAAGUCGCUUAAAGAUAUCAAUGUGGGUGGAUGCUUGAAACUUGACAAUUUGGCACAGAGCCUAUUGAAUGUCAAAAGUCUAGAAGAGCUUAAUGUGAGUGGGGUUACUUUUAGAGAGCCGCCUUUCUCUAUUGUUCUUUUGAAAAAUCUUAAGGUACUAUCUCUUCAAGGAUGCAAAGCGUCAUCACCUAAACUCUGGAACAAGCUUUUCUCUUUUAAUUUAAUGCCAAGAAGAAUCCCAAAUCCUGUGAGCAUGUUAUUGCCUUCCCUGUCAUGUUUGUGUUUUUUAACAAGAUUGGAUAUAAGUGACUGCAAUCUUCAGACAAUCCCUAAUGUUUGUGGCUGUUUAUACUCUUUAGAAGUUUUAAAUCUAAGUGGAAAUAAUUUUGAUUGUCUUCCUGAAAGCAUCAUUCAAUUAUCUAAGUUGAAGAAUAUUUUUUUGACACAUUGCACGAGGCUUCGUUCAUUGCCACAACUUCCAUCAAGCACUUCAGUUGUUGUUGCAGAAAAUUGUACCUCAUUGGAAACAUUACCAAAUAGAUCAACACAAGACAAACUAUACCCGCCAUCUCUAAUUCUAUCCAAUUGCUUCAAAUUGGCUGACAUUCAACACCGAAGCAACGUGUUCUUUAGAAUGCUCUCAGCAGAUGCUCAGGGACUCUACAGUGCACCUAAAAAUAAAAGACCUCGGGCUACCUGUAGACUUCUUGUUCCUGGAAGUGAAAUUUCAAAAUGGUUUAGCCAUCAAAGUGUGGGGAAUAUAGUGAAUGCACAAGUUACUCAUUCGAAAGAGUGGAUGGGAAUGGCUGUGUGCUCUAUUUUGUCAUUCCACGAUCUUCAUCCAAACAAUCUUUGUUGUUUCGAUUGUUAUAUUGAAGUCAAUAAACAAGAAGGUGCAAGAGAGUCGGCUUAUUUUGUAAAUACUUUUGGUCAUAUUGACUCACUUCACCUUUGGAUGCUUUAUUUUCCCUCUCAUUGUUUUUAUGAGAAUGUGAGAGCAGUAUUGAGUCAAAUUGAUGAGAAUGAAUUGAUUCAAAUGGGGGUUAGAAUUCCGAUGCCUCACAACCCUUGCUUUGAGGUUAAGAAAUGUGGGUUUCGUAUGGUAUACAAGCAAGACAUUGAAGAUAUCGGAGAAAUGAUGGGUCAAAGCUGCAAGAGUAGCUGCAUCCCUCAUUAUGAGGGUGUUGGUUUUACUCAUGAAUAUGAUCUUGACAAUUCAACAGUGGUAAGAGAAGCUUGCAAACUUAAGCGAAGCCGUGAUGAAUAUGAUGAGGCUAGACCUAGUGAUGAAGGUUGCUAUAAUGAUGUACCACACUCCAAGCGGAUUCAAAGAUAA